GGACCGGGACCGCCGCGGCUUCCCCCGUCUGUUCGUUGUUCUCUUCUGGUCGGAGAGAUGGGCCCGGUGUGAGCGGAUCAGCGCGUGGCCUCCACGAGACUCACGGUUUCCUCCGGUCCGGCAGAGGUAGGGUGGGCGGAGCUGAAUGAUGGCGGGUGCGUCAGUGAAGGUGGCGGUACGGGUCCGUCCGUUCAACUCCCGGGAGACGGGACGCAACGCCAAGUGUGUGAUCCAGAUGCAGGGAAACACUACCUGUAUCUCCAACCCCAAACAGCCCAAAGAUGGAGCUAAGAACUUCACCUUCGACUAUUCCUACUGGUCACACACAACGGGCGAUGACCCCAGCUUUGCGUCUCAGAAGCAGGUGUAUAAGGACAUUGGAGAGGAGAUGCUGCUGCACGCCUUUGAAGGAUACAAUGUGUGUAUUUUUGCAUACGGCCAGACUGGUGCAGGAAAGAGCUACACCAUGAUGGGCAAACAGGAGCCUGGACAGGAGGGGAUCAUACCACAGCUGUGUGAGGACUUGUUUCAGAGAACGGGAGAAAACACAGAUCCUGACCUGAACUACUCUGUGGAGGUGUCCUACAUGGAGAUUUACUGUGAGCGGGUCCGGGAUCUGUUGAACCCAAAGUCCCAGGGGACUCUGCGGGUUCGAGAGCAUCCCAUCCUGGGGCCGUAUGUGGAGGACCUGUCCAAACUGGCCGUGACCGGAUUCACUGACAUCCGGGACCUGAUGGACGCCGGCAACAAAGCUCGGACAGUUGCGGCCACAAACAUGAAUGAGACGUCGUCCAGGUCGCAUGCCGUCUUCACCAUCGUCUUCACCCAGAAACGACGAGACCAGAUGACCAGCCUGGACACUGAGAAGGUCAGUAAAAUCAGUCUGGUCGACCUGGCUGGAAGCGAGCGAGCUGACUCGUCGGGGGCAAAGGGCACCAGGCUCAAGGAAGGCGCGAACAUCAACAAAUCUCUGACCACGUUGGGAAAAGUGAUAUCAGCUUUGGCUGAAAUGCAGAGCAGUAAGAAGAGGAAAAGUGAUUUUAUUCCCUACAGAGACUCUGUGCUCACCUGGCUACUGAAGGAAAACCUGGGAGGAAACUCUCGGACGGCCAUGAUUGCUGCUCUAAGUCCUGCUGACAUCAACUACGAAGAAACACUGAGCACUCUGAGGUAUGCCGACCGCGCCAAACAGAUUCGUUGCAACGCUGUGAUCAACGAAGAUCCCAACGCCAAACUGAUCAGAGAGCUGAAGGCUGAAGUGGAGCGACUGAGGAACCUGCUGUUCUCUCAGGGCCUGCAGGAACUGCUGGAUAAUGCUGUCAACAACAAUGGCCCCGGUGGUGUUGCAGGUGGGACCCCCUCCCCGCUGCAGCUGGCACUCUCAGCCAAUGGGCUCACAGCUAAGAAUUGCUCCGCCCUUCCAGCUGCAGUCGAGCUGGCGUCUGCAGGUGACGUACCUGCUGACCCUGACCACCUGAUCGAGGAUGGAGAGGAAGGCGAGGAGGCCGUUGCCACGGAGACCAUCAGUAAAGAGGAAGCGGCCGAGAGACUGCUGGAGACAGAGAAGAUCAUCGCUGAGCUUAACGAGACGUGGGAAGAGAAACUAAGAAAGACAGAAUCUAUUCGUCUGGAGAGAGAGGCCCUGCUGGCAGAAAUGGGCGUGUCCAUUAAAGAAGACGGAGGAACGCUGGGUGUCUUCUCUCCUAAAGGAACGCCUCACCUGGUCAACCUGAAUGAGGACCCUCUGAUGUCGGAGUGUCUCCUCUACUACAUCAAGGAGGGACUCACCAGGGUUGGACAGCAGGAUGUGGACAUUAAACUGUCCGGUCACUUUAUAAAGGAGAUUCACUGCGUUUUUGUCAGUGAGACCAAUGACCAGGGAGAAGUGGUGGUCACUCUGGAGCCGUUGGUCGGGGCAGAGACGUACGUCAACGGGAAGCAGAUCACCGAAGCUGUCGUCCUCAAACAAGGUAACCGCAUCGUGAUGGGGAAGAACCACGUGUUUCGGUUCAACCACCCGGAGCAGGCGAGGCUGGAGAGGGAGCGCAGCGUCACGGCCGAGCAGCAGGGGGAGCCGGAGGACUGGAACUACGCUCAGAAAGAACUGCUGGAGAAACAAGGCAUCGACAUCAAACUGGAGAUGGAGAAGAGACUGCAGGACAUGGAGACUCAGUACCGUAAAGAGAAGGAGGAGGCGGAUCUGCUGCUGGAGCAACACAGGCUGUAUGCUGACAGUGACAGCGGUGACGACUCAGACAAACGCUCCUGUGAGGAGAGCUGGAGGCUGAUUUCCUCCCUGAGAGAGAAACUACCUGCCAACAAGGUGCAGUCUAUAGUGAAGCGUUGUGGACUGCCCAGCAGCGGGAAGAGGAGGGAGCCUCUCAGAGUCUAUCAGAUCCCCCAGAGGAGGAGGAUCAGCAAAGACCCCAAACGGGUCACCAUCGAAGACCUACGCAUGCAGGCUGUCAAAGAGAUCUGCUACGAGGUGGCUCUGGGAGACUUCCGUCACUCCCGUCAGGAGAUCGAGGCCCUGUCCAUCGUCAAGAUGAAGGAACUCUGCCGCAUGUACGCCAAGAAGGACUCCAACGAGAGGGAGAGCUGGAGGGCCGUGGCCCAGGACGUCUGCGACACCGUGGGCAUCGGAGAGGAGAGGAGCCCCCCCACGGAGGAGGGAGGGGGAGGAGGAGGAGGAGGAGGAGGAGGAGAGACGGGGGAGGGAGGAGAGAAAGGAAAAGUGUAUGACCUGAAGGCUCACAUCGAUAAACUGACUGACAUUUUAGAGGAGGUGAAGCUGCAGAACAACAUGAAGGAUGAGGAGAUCAAAGCUCUGAGAGACAGAAUGAUCAAGAUGGAGAGCAUCAUACCUGUCCAGGACGACGACGUGAACGGCGAAGGAGGCGGGUCUCCUCAGAGAGACGGGCUCGGGCUCGGCGACGGCCCCGACCUGCCGGAGGUCCGAGUUCAACGGCUGAUGGACGAGGACCCGGCGUUCAGGAGAGGACGCCUGCGCUGGCUGAAACAGGAACAGCAGCGAAUCCUGAACCUGCAGCAGCAGAACAUCACCAAGAAACUACGCGGCCAAAACCAGAACCAAGGUCAGAACUCCCCCACUGUCCCCAUACACCUCCCAGGGACCGGCCGCUUCAUCCCUCCACAGGAAUGCAAGCUAAAGUUCCCCUUUAAGAGUAACCCCGCCCACCGGUUGUCAUGGGGACCAGCCAGCGCCGCCCUGCAGGCCCUGGGUCUGGGGGAGGGAGGAGAGGGGGGGGAGCAGAGGGAGGAGGGAGGAGGAUUAGCAGGAGUUGAGGGUAAAGGUUCUCCCUCUCCUCCUCCUCCGAGUCAGUCUCCUGCUCUCUUGCCCCUCCCCUUCCAGGCCCCGCCCCCUCGCAUGCGCACCCCCAGCCCUCAUCGUGCCUGGCAACAGCGUAACCAAGGAAACCAGGGUAACCAGGGCGGCUUCCACUACCAUCACCAGGGCAAAAACCAAAACCACCAGCACCGCUACCGCCGCAACUCUCUGGACAGCUCCACCCACGGCAACAGUAACUACGACAGCGACCAGCAUCAUAUAGGCAGUGGGGGCAGCGGUCACCAGGGGCGACCGAGGCAGAGGAGGGGGGUGUCGCCUGGGCCAGGGGGGGAGAGAGGAGGAGGGAGAGGAGGAGGGAGAGACAGAGAUGGAGGCUUCAAUUAUAAUCAACGCCAGCACCAUCAGUACCACCACCAUCCCUACUACAACCCCCACAAUGCACCAUUCCAGCCAGGACCUCACCCCAACUACCACAGCCUGCCACGCUCCGGGGCACCGCCCCCUCCUGCUGACAUGUUGCUGGGUGCCGGGCCACAGCCGGGGGGGUGGGGCUUCACCACCCCUCCCAGGAUGAGACGGCAGUUCAGUGCACCGGACCUCAAAAACAACAAGGAGACCCCCAUCUGACCUCUGACCUCUGGAGGUCUCUGAUUGGCUGCAGGACACUGGUGUGGUCCUGAUGCUGUAGAGAAUAGGGUGUGUGUGUGUGUGUGUGUGUGUGUGUGUGUGUGUGUGUGCGUGUGUGCGUGCGUGCGUGCGUGUGUGUGUGCGCGCGUGCGUGUAUGUUUGUGUUUCAGCACUUUUACUAUUUUGCGUCAGCCCCUCACACACCAACUAACAUCACACAUCCUGUAUCUUCAAUCCUACUGUGUGUGUGUGUGUGUGUGUGUGUGUGUGUGUGUGUGUGUGUGUGUGUGUGUGUGUGUGUGUGUAGCUUCCACUUAGCUUCAUAGCGACACUGUUUUUAGGAAAAGUGGAUUAUUUUAUUUUUUGCUGUUUGUCAAACAAGAUCGAGGUUUAUCAUACAAUGAUUUAGUGUCAUUGAUUUUGUUGAUCGCUGAUAUUGAUUUAUAUUGGGGUCUUGAUCAGUCGUGUAUAACAAGGUGCCUUAAAGCUGACGUGUUAGCUCAUGGGGCUAGCGCCUGUUAGCAGAAGUCUCCUGUUUUUUUCUUUCUUUUUUUUUUUAAAGAUUAAGUAUGUUGGUUUGGUCUCCUGGGCAGGAUGGGCGUUUGUACCUACAUGUACUUGAGCUUUAGCUCCUCUGUUUUAGCCGCUAUUAGCCCGGGAGGCUAACUAGCCUGAUUCAGCCCGAGAGGCCUGUGCUAGCUUGGGCUAGUCAGUUAGCCUGAGCAGGGAGCAAAGGAUGACUAUUUAGCUUUUCAGGCUAAUAGGUUAUGUGGUGAAGUGCUACACAAGUGGCCUAGCCUAGCCUAGCCUAGCCAAGGCAGCAUUCAUGUUAUGGGGGAAUUACAGUCACUACGACCUCGACAUUAACACGGCAAACAUCCUUCCUUCUGCUUCGUUUUUUUAGUUGUCUAUCUCAGUUUGUUUGUUUGGUUUUUUUUUGUCCUGCGCGAUCAGGGUGUUGACUUAUACGUCGGCGUGGGGGUCUACAGAACAUAAUCAACUGUUUUUGUCUGGAAAAAAGGCAAAGAGGACCUGCUGUUGUGAUCGACAUCAGCCAGUAGUCACUGUUUGAUAUUUCAGUUCUGACAUUUUUCUGAUCGGCCACCGUGUACGACAGCACGGAUGUAUGCAUGUCAUGAAGUGACUGUACGUCGGGUGACAUUUGAACACACACGGCUGAACCUUUCUACAUGUAACGUUGGAGAAAAUGUUCCUUGGAGCUCGUAUUUACUGUCUCUCCCGUGUGACUUGAAUGCUGCAUUGCCGAGUGCUACAAACCAAAGAGAGCUGCUCUGUGGCGCCUCCUGCAGGAGCGCAUGGGGCCUAAGGACACACUGCUGUACAGACGGAGGGCGGAGAGGUUUUAGAGGAAGCUGUGAGGAGAGGAGGAGGAGGAGGUGCUGUGGUUGUCAGUGCUGACGUGAGAGACAGACUCGCAUGUUGAAUCUUUUUAAAGCGUUGUGUGUGUAUAUUUGAAGUGUAUCCUGACUUAUUUGUUUUUACGAAGAUGAAUCUAUUUUAAAAUAGGCUGCGACGAAUGAAACGUGCUCACGGUGAGCUCACUGUCUCUGGCAAUCGUGGGAAAUGUAGAAAGUGAUACCUGACAUGUGAUGCAUCAUGGGAGAUGUAGGAAUCAUGAAACGUGAUGGAUUAUAGUUUAUGUGUAAGCAAGGAACCCUGGGAAAAGUAGUAAGAGACAGGUGGUGUAUAAGAGAAGUCAUAGAAGACGAAGAGUGAGACACUUGAAGAGGAACCUGAGAUACAAUAAGCUUUGUUUUUAAGAUGGUGAGAGACGUUACGACAUGUUCUGUGUGAUGUGAACUUCCUCCUGUAAGGACCUGACACUACUUACUAUUUAUGUCCACACCGAGAAGGGACGAGGAAUAAACUGCUGCCUUCCUGAGACGUCAGGAAGAUGGAAACUGUGGCUUCCUACCCUUUGAGUCAUAUGAUGUUGCCUUUAAGGACUUUAAGGACUGCGACAGAUGCUUGUUCUUAUUAUACUCGAUUGGUGUUAGUUUUUUCUUUUCUUUUUUUUUAAUGCUGCCACUUUUGGGCUUUUCUUCAUCCAGCUGCGUCCGACUGAGCUUUAGCACAGAUGUUUAAUCCUGUAAAUAACGAUUCUGUUCAUUGUCAGUUACUCAAUUAACGUCAAAAAACAGAGGGAAAAAAAGUCCAGGGCGUCAUCUUCAGUCAAACAAUCAUCAAAAACCCAAAGAUUUUCAGUUUAAUAUGAUAUAAAACAGAAAAGCAGAAAUUCCGCUUGAUAAAUUCCUGGAACGAUUUGAUUAUCAAAAUGUAUUAAAAUUCACGUUUGUUCAACUAAUGGUUUCACCUCACGGGGAGGUUUUUUUUUUUUUUUCCCCCCAAUUGUUUUCUUUUUUUUUUUUCUGUUGUGUUCACUGAAUCCCUGAAAAUAUAGGAAGUUGUAAUUACAACCGACUCGCCACAAAUUUCCAACUUCCUACGUCAAGCUGAACGCAGCCCUGGUGUGUUUAACGUUCCCUGAACGACGACACGUUCACCGUCAGGAGGAGCUCGGAGUUAGCGGCACUGCCUGAACCCCGCCCACACAGAGCAUGGCAUUGUGGGAGAUGACAAGUGGAGCUUUUUUGUGCUCCCUGACUUCAAGACCUUUUCACAAAAAGGUCAGAACCACCCAAUGAGAGCUCUCCCUCCGGCCGCUUAGCCAGUCAGGAAGGGAGUUGCCACGAUGACGAUGACAAAACAACAGGAAGUGAUUGUGAUUGGCCUGAGAAGCGUGACAUCAGCAGAAUUGUAUUUUCCACCUUGUUUUGUUCUGCUGUCUCUGGCAUGGACCAGUCACCGGACAAUCUCGAUAACCUGCUGCCACCGCAGGGCUUGAUGGGAAACGCUGUUUCCUCCUAUGUUUAUGAUUUUUCAUUUUUCUGAUGUUUUUUUUUUUUUUUUUCCCCAAUUUCCAGCGUGGGCCUGUGAUUGGCUGUUUUUUUUGUUUUGUUUUUUUCUUUGUGUAUUCAUUUUCUUCCUGUCCUGAGUAUUUUAACCCCGCCUACGUGUUCGACCUUUUCUUUAUGAUGUCAUCACGUCAUCAAAACUAUUAUUAAUAUAAUUAUUAUAAAGUUAUGUGUCAUUAAUAUUGGGUUUUUGUGGAUGCUGCUAAAGGGAGCCUCUUGCCCUCAUGCAACUGCCUGAGUGUGUUCGUGUGUGUUUAUGUGUGUCGGUUGUCAGUCGGUGUGUGUGUGUGUGUGUGUUUCCUGGUUAAUUUAGAAUCAUAAUCUAAAGUUUGUUUUACUUCAUAAAGCUGAACUUAUUGUUUUUCUUCUAAUCGUCCGUUUACUGUUGUUGUACUGGUGGUUAGAGGAGGAGGAGGAGGAGGAGGAGCAGGGGCCCGGGCUGGGGCGGGUGGGGGGAUGUUGCCACGGCAACUCGACUGGGCAGAAUCCCAGAACGUUAUAGGACUCCUCUCGCUGACUGGCCCCGCCCAUUCCCUACACCUCUGCUCCAAUCACAUCCUGGGAAUCUGUGACGUCGCAGCAUGACGUCACCUCCGGACUGUGGAACGCAGGUAUGGACAUGACGACAUCGUGGUCGAACCCUCCUCCUAUUGGCUCAGAGCCCCUCAGUUGAUUUUCUGUCUGUGUUGAGGUGUUGUGUCCGUUGUUGUUUUUGUUGUAUCAGGAACCAAUCUCAGGCUCUACCUGCAGACAACAUGAUGGCAAUAAACUGUCAAUACGAAUGAAAAACUAAA